AUGUUUUACUUGAUUGGCCUCGGGCUCUGCGAUGAAAAGGAUAUCACAAUUCGGGGGCUAGAUGCCAUCAAACGAUGCGAGCGCGUCUAUCUCGAGGCGUAUACAAGCAUCCUGAUGAUUGAACGCGAGAAACUGGAAGAGUUUUACGGGAGAUCGCUCAUAGUGGCAGAUCGAGAUAUGGUCGAAACAGAGAGCGAUGCAAUACUUGAACGAUCAAAUGAGGUCGAUGUUGCACUUUUGGUUGUAGGAGAUCCCUUUGGAGCGACCACUCACACGGACAUCUUGCUACGUGCACGAGCGCUUGGAAUUCCAACCGAAGUCAUUCAUAAUGCAUCGAUUAUGAACGCGAUCGGUGCAUGCGGAUUACAGCUGUAUAAUUUUGGACAGGCGGUCUCGCUCGUAUUCUUUACAGACACAUGGAAGCCAGAUAGCUUCUACGACCGUAUUGCAGAAAAUGCCAAGUUAGGAAUGCACACGCUUGUGCUACUCGACAUCAAAGUCAAGGAGCAGAGCAUUGAAAACUUGGCUCGAGGUCGCAAGAUCUACGAGCCUCCUCGAUAUAUGUCGAUACCUCUUGCAGUCUCUCAGCUAGCCGAAGUGGAGGAAAUACGGAAGGAAGGGGUGCUCGACCCUGAGACCACACUCGCCAUUGCAAUGUCUCGCGUUGGAGGAGGACCGCUGCAACGGAUUGUCGCAGGCACAUUGUCACAGCUUGGUGCUCAGGAUCCGAGUGUAUACGGGCAACCUUUACACAGCCUGGUAAUCGUCGGGAAGAGGCUCCAUCCGCUCGAGGUUGACUAUGCGAGUGCAUUUGCAGUAGAUGAGACCUGGAAACGAGUCGCUAGAGAUGUGUAUAAAGUUCCAGAGGAAUAG